AUGUUAUAUUAUGGAUGUUUUAAGGAGAUUGAAUUUAUUCUAAAGCUUCAACCACCUUUUUAUGAUUGGAUGCUAUACAAAGCAAUUUGCAUGUUCCAAUCACAUUUAUGUCAAGCAUCUGCUCAAGCUUUUAGCAGUUUGUCAUGUCAUGAAUUAAAUGUUACCACCAAAGCUGAUGAUUCUGAUUCAUGUAAUCACUUCAUGACUCCAUUGUUCAUUCUAAUUCAAUUUGAGUUAGUGAAGCAUUCAGCAAAAAUACUUGAAAAUAAAUCAUUGAGCACCGAAAAUCAAAUUACAGUUAAACUUUGA